AUGAACGCAGCUAAAGCUGCCGAAUGUUGCGCCCAACUUCCCAGAGCCUUGCCCCAAAACCCAGGUACCUCCGUGGCGUUAGGAAGAUUCAUCUUCAUCAUGGCACAAGUUCUAACUUUAAUCUUCCUUCUCUGCACUGUUAAGGCUGUCGUGUCCUCCAGUUCUCGCUGGAAGCCAACCUGGCCAGCCUACAAAGUGCCAGUCGUCCUGCCUCAGUCAACUCUUAAUUUGGACAAACCCCGGUUUGAUGCAGAAGCCAAACUGGAAGUAGUAUCACCUUGUGGGCCUGAGUGCCACAAGCGUUCCCGGCUGCCGACUUACGAAGAAGUGAAGGAUUACCUGUCCUAUGAGACCUUGUUUUCCAACGGUAGUCUUACGGAAACUGAAGUAGGCAUUUACAUUCUCAGCAGCAGUAGUGAUGGGUCGCAAAGUAGAUCUCGAACAAAGAGGCAGAUCUAUGGCUACGACAGUAGGUUCAGCAUUUUUGGGAAAGACUUCUUGUUAAAUUACCCAUUCUCUACAUCGGUGAAGCUGUCCACAGGCUGCACAGGAACCCUGGUGGCAGAAAAGCAUGUCCUUACCGCAGCUCACUGCAUCCACGAUGGCAAAAGUUACGUCAAAGGAGCCCAAAAACUGAGGGUGGGCUUCCUGAAACCCAAACUAAAAGGUGGCAGCAGAGGUGCUAAUAUCACCAGUUCCAAAAUGCCUGAGAAAAUGAAAUUCCAGUGGAUCCGUGUCAAACGGACACAUGUCCCCAAAGGAUGGAUCAAAGGAAACGCCAAUGAUAUUGGCAUGGAUUAUGAUUAUGCCCUGCUGGAGCUCAAGAAGCCUCACAAAAGAAAAUUUAUGAAGAUAGGUGUGAGCCCACCAGCUAGACACUUGCCUGGAGGGAGGAUUCAUUUCUCUGGUUAUGACAACGAUCGGCCAGGAAAUCUGGUUUACCGAUUCUGUGAUGUCAAAGAUGAAACCUACGACCUCUUGUAUCAGCAGUGCGAUGCCCAGCCAGGUGCGAGUGGGUCUGGGGUAUAUGUGAGGAUGUGGAAGAGACAACAUCAUAAAUGGGAGCGUAAAAUUAUUGGGAUAUUUUCAGGCCAUCAGUGGGUGGACAUGAACGGCACCCCACAGGAUUUCAAUGUGGCUGUUCGCAUCACGCCCCUCAAAUAUGCACAGAUCUGUUACUGGAUCAAAGGCAACUACCUUGACUGUAGGGAGGGAUAGAGACCGUAAACCUCCCAGAAAGCACAGCACUUACAGGUCUUAAUUACCUUUCUGAGGAAAAGCUACCAAUUUGUCUGUUGCAAAUGUGUGCGAGUCUGUUCUGAAACACCAGGAUGCGUCUGAUGACAUGACAGUCAAACCACUUUGGAAGGCGAUUGCGUGACGAGAGUUGUGGUUAGAAAAUGUGGAAGGGGGGAAAAACUGUGGGGGGAGGGAAGAGGGAGGUGAAGCUGCUUACUUUGUAGUUCUAGCAAUUUGCUUAAUUUGGGAAGUGGUAAUACAAAAUCUAACCUGUGUCCGAAAAGGUAGACAAAAGGGAUGCUGUUGACUAUCUCGUGCAUGCAUACGUUUGUUGUAAUGAAUCCCAAGGUUAACAGAAAUGCUUUGAUCUGAAAUUUUAAAUGGAAAUAUGAUUUUGGGGCUGGUGUUCAGGGUCCACCCCCUUCCUCUGGUGCUUGCAACCCAAACACUGCAGUGUUUUAUUAGUUUGUGAGAAGGGCAGUUCUUGUAUAGUGGAAGUUGAGCACCUUGCAAAGAGCAUAAAGGGUAAAUAAAUCAGUGAGGUUUUACAUUUCUGCUUGAGUGAUUUGAGGCUUUAUUAGCAACAUCAAAAACGUAGCACACAGUCCUACAAAGAUUUAAUAAGGAUGCACAUAACAUGUAGUCAUGUGAGCAGCCCCAUUGAUUUCUCCUUGUAUAAGCAGUUAUGAAUGUGAUUAAAUCUUUACAGCCUCUGGGCCUCAGGUUUCAAUCCACCAGGGACCUUAGAAAUACCCAGUGUAGAAGGUCUUGGGGUAAAGUUUUACUUCCUAUUGUAACUUAUCUAGAUCUUUAAUCAUGGAAGGUUUCUCACAUUAGUGUCCCCUCCAGCAAUGCAAGCUCUUUGGGAGGGAAGGAGGAACAUCUUUUGUCUUGCUGGCUACUUAUAUUAUUAGUUGUAAGGUUGGGAAAAGGAGAGAGGAUGAGGAUGUCAUUUCAUUCCAUCCCUUGAUCUGUGUCCUUAUAUCUGUUUCCAUAGCUAUGUGGGUAAAGGUAUUGUUACUGAGGUUGGUAUGUAUAUCUGCCAUCUCAGUUUAGUGGUGUAACUUACACAGCAUCUAAACCUCUGAUUUCUUGCACUAUUUGGGGCAGUUUCCUUUGAAAACUGCACAUUACAAUUAGUUCUUGACCCAUGAAAUUCAGUAGGUCAGCAGCUAUAUACUAGAGCUAGAUGAUGGCUGGUGUUUCUUACGGACAUUAGUGCCUUUUACAAGAACAGGGUCAUAAUUAAAACAAAAGCUACAUUUUUAGAAAUUGGGAAAAUCCAGCCAAAAAUGUGGAUAAAUCAAAAAACUUUGGGCACAAAGUGUUUCUCAGGUUGAUUGUGCCACUGCAUCUCAGUCACGUUACUAGGCAGGUAUUAUGGCAGCACGUAACUACUUCUUUAAACAGGAAGGUAGACGCUGUCUCGUAGUCUAGAUUCCAUUACACCCAUCUCCUGCCAACCUCUAUAGCUCUCCAAGUUAUGCAUUGCACAGAUGUUACAUGCGCAAAGAGCAGCCCUCUAGUGUGAAGUGCCUGAGCUGAGCAAGAAUGAGUCUAGGUAGGUUUCUCCUGUGCUUUAUAGGACAAUUUUAUUUCAGUUAAACCUUAUCUUUUUCAAGUUAGUAAUUAUUAUGGUGUCAGCAAACACAUGGCUGAUGGUGCUUUAUUCUUUGGAAGGCCUUAACUCUAGUCCUAAACACCAGUUUUGCUAGAGCAGGUUUCUGUUAAGUGCAGUGUUCAAAACCGUGGGACCCAUAGGUGGGUUUUUGGUGCACUUGGAUACAAGCAGUUACUAAUGCUUUAAAAUAUGAAUAAUUACUGUAUGUAUUUGACAGACUUCUGCCUUUUUUAUUUUAGAUUACUUUAUAGCUGUUAUCAGGAGCACUUCUGUUUGAAUGUAUCACAGUGAAUAAAGAAAAGUAACUUCAAUGCAGACAUGCUUGUACUUGUACCAUACCUGGGGUUGUAACUACAGUCCCAUUUUACUUUUACUUGUUUUUAAGGACAUUCAAAUACAGCACAGAUGUAUCAACCAC